AAGUGAAAAAUCGCCUUCUUAUUCGACACUGACUGGAUUGCCAUUGCCCCGAGCCGAACCCCCGUCGUAAUCGGUGUGUGUGUGUGUGCCUGCCUUUGUGGGGGUGUGUGUGUGUGGGUGGCCCGUAUGUCUGUCAUGGCUAUCGGCAUUGUUGUUGUUGUACUUUCUGGCCGUCAUUAAUUUGGACUCGAAAAUCCUUUGCCCUUGGUGCUGGUGCUGGGGUUCUGUGCCAUAUACAAUAUAAUCAAAUCUGAGCAAAUAGCGGACGGUUGUGUUUGCGAAUCCAAUUAUCAUGUGAAUAACUCGCGCGUCUCGCCCUCGAGUGGGCGAAAUUUAAACAAAUACCCCCCCAGACGUGUCUCUCUCUCUCUGAGUAUGUGUGUGUGUGUAUUAGUGUGUAAAUAAAUGCCACUAAAACCAAAAUAAAAAAUAAAUAAACGAAAACAAACGCGAGCUGAUAACCGCACAAGUUGGACUACGACAACGUCGAGACAACCUCGGAGCACCAUUUGCGACCGCGACCAGCAGCUAUAAUACCCCCGUAUAGCCCCGACCCGUUUCCAGCGGCGUGAUAGAUCCCGAUCCCCAAGCAGAUGAUAAUCCGGCAGAUAAUUUAGGGGCCCCUUUCUUGAGCUGGCAAAAGGCCGCCGCCGCCGUCGACAACAACGCCAUGUCCAAGACCUGUAGCAAGAACGCUCGGGAGAUUAAGAACCACAACAUGCGGGGAGCCGCCUGCUAAGAGAUCCCAGCACCGAGAGAAACGAAGCCCAAGCCCGUUAUCAUGAGCCAGCGCCAGGAGGCAGCUGCCGCUGCCGCUGCUGCUGCGUCAGCACCAACAACAUCGUCAUCCUCAACGUCAUCGUCAUCGUCCCAUUCAGUCAGCGUUGCCGCUCUGGGCAGCAAGAUAUCCACCUCUACACCGCAGAAGGGCGAUGAGCAGCAGGAGCAGGAGUUCAUCAACCGGAGCGUGGCCAGCGAGAUUGAUGCCAUGUCUAUCUCUGGUUCCGUGUCCGCAGACAGUAGCACCACCAGUGCCACUAAUGCCACUGCCUCUGCUGCUGGUACCUCGGGCAGUCCAGUGGCCAAGCGGCAUUUGAGCACGGCAAAUUUGUCGCGAAUACGUCCGCAGUCGAGCUACUCGGCACGCGUCCUCAUCUUUGACGAUUCUGACCAGGAGGCAGCUAUGGCGGCUGCCGCUCUGGCCGCCGCCUCAUCCUCCUGCAACAGCAGCGUCAAGUCCUGCAGCGGUCUGGAAUUGCUGCCCAUGUCACCCGCUAAGCUGUCCAUUGGCCACAAUGACAGCUCCGCGAAUGGCUCCUCGAUGAUGCGAAAUCUGAAUCUAACCAAGAGCUCAUCGGGUGGUCUGUCUGGCAGUUCCACUUCGCUGCACUCGCGAGGAUACACCGCCUUGCUCCGGAAGAUUUCCUAUCAGCAGCACACCAACUCGCUGCGAGCAGUUAGUAGUGAAGCCUCCAAUUUACUGCGCAUGCGCCACUCCUCGCUGGGCAAGUCUGCGCCUUGUCUCACUGGCAACUAUUUCCGCCACGAGCUGUCCGCCCCACCACAGCCACCGAUUCAGGCUUCUGGCUCCUUGACCCUGGGCCAGCACAACAUCUCGCGAUCCGGCAGCUGUGCAGGCAUCGGUCUGGCCGGCAAGCAUCAUCAUCAUCUUUUGCAUGGCGUCGUGAUGCGGGGCUCUGGAGGAGGAGGUGGUGGUGGUGGUGUUACCGCUGGCAAUUCCUCGUCAAGUGGUGUGGCUCACCAUCGCCUCAGCUUGGUAACGAAUGCGGCUGCCGUGGCAGCUGCAGCGGCCGGGGGAUCACGAGCCCAUUCCCCAUACUCGGCCAGUCCCAUGGACAGUCCGCGCUUGAACUCGCCCAUGCCAUUUGCAUUUGCUCCGAUCAAAAGGAUAGCCUCCUGCCGGGGGGUUGUGGACGGACGCCGAUGGUCGGUGGCCUCGCUGCCCUCCUCUGGCUAUGGCACCACACCGGGCAGCUCCAAUUUAUCGUCUCAGUGCUCCAGUCAGGAGGGUCUCAACCAGUUGCCGUCGCACAACAACAACAUUCCGCCCGGCGUUCAGGAGGCGGAUGCCGCUGCCGUGGCCGCUGGGGCCUGCUGUGCCGAGCACUUAAAGCAGCAUUGUACCAAGCACUGUGCUCUGCUCUUGGCAGUGUCUCAGAAGCAGCCUCAGCCACCGAAGCCACAGAAACUAAUUCCAGCGGCUGCAGCAGCGGGUUGUGUCAAUUGCUGCGCCGAACUGAGCCUCGCCUGCGGUGGGCAACAACAACAACAGGCUGGUGGAGGAUCUGCCAAUAGUUCCGCCUCGAUCAGUGGUAUGCCUGGUGGUGGACGUAUGUCGCCCUACUUUCGCCCACGCUCUAGGUCGCUCUCCAGUCCAUCACGCUCGCCGAUUGUGGACAAUGAGAUAGCCGUGAUGAACACCCUGUACAAAGAACGCUUUCCCAAGGCCACCCAGCAGAUGGAGGAGCGACUGAAGCAUUUCAUCAACGAGAACAAGAGUGCGGCUUGCAACAGUUUUAGGGACUCGCAGCCGAUAGUUCGGUUCGUGCAUCAUCAGGUGCUGGAAAUGGCCAGGGACUGUUUGCACAAAUCAGAGGCCAAGCUGAUAACCUCUCAGUAUUUCUAUGAGCUGAGCGAGAACCUAGAGCGUUUGCUGGUGGAGACCAAGGAGAAGUCACCGGAGGCAGCCGCCGAGCUAAGCGGUGUGAUCAAAAAGCUAUUGCUGAUCAUCUCGCGACCGGCUCGAUUGCUUGAAUGCCUGGAAUUCGAUCCGCAGGAGUUUUACGAGCUGCUAGAAGCGGCCGAGGGUCAGGCCAAGGCCAUGCCGGUGAUCAAGGCGGAUAUACCGCAGUACAUCAUACACAAGCUGGGCCUCAACCGGGAUCCCAUUGCCGAGCUGCAGCAGGAGUUGAGAGAGACGCAGCAAAUGUGCUCGGAACAGGUCACCGUGCUGGCGGAUCCCACGCAGCCUGGAGGAAGUUGUUUGCUUUUGAAUUCCCCCUUGACAAGUGCAGCCAAACAGUUGAGCAGUUUGGCUUUGGAUUCGAUUGUUUUGGAUGCGGGCAGCGGCACAGCCACGCCUCAACAGCCGCCUCAGACGCCAGUGGCUACGGGUGACACGGCUCCCUCCUUUGCCGUGGCCGUGAGUCAAUUGAGUGAGGAAAAGCCAGGAACAAGCAGCAGCAGCAGUGGAACGGGAGCAGGCACCGCUACUGGAGGAUUAAGCUCUACCCAACAACAACAGCAACCCUCACCCCACGAAACCGACUUUGACAUCGUCAAGCUGAUCUCAAACGGUGCCUAUGGAGCCGUCUAUCUGGUGAAGCACAAGACCACCCGUCAGCGCUUUGCCAUGAAGAAAAUCAACAAGAAUAAUCUCAUCCUGCGAAACCAGGUGGAACAGGUGUUUGCCGAGCGCGACAUUCUCUCGUUCGCGGACAAUCCCUUUGUGGUCAGCAUGUACUGCUCGUUCGAGACGAAGAAGCAUCUCUGCCUGGUGAUGGAGUACGUGGAGGGUGGCGACUGUGGCACGCUGCUCAAGAACAUUGGGCCGCUGCCCGCGGACAUGGCGCGCUUCUAUUUUGCCGAAACAGUAUUAGCCGUGGAGUAUCUGCACAGCUACGGGAUUGUCCAUCGGGAUCUCAAGCCGGACAAUCUGCUAAUCACGGCCUUGGGUCACAUUAAGCUCACCGAUUUUGGCCUCUCCAAGAUGGGUCUCAUGUCGCUGGCCACCAAUCUGUACGAGGGUUACAUUGACUCGGAGACGAGGCAGUUUUCUGACAAGCAGGUUUAUGGCACACCCGAGUACAUAGCCCCAGAGGUGAUCCUGCGUCAGGGCUAUGGCAAGCCAGUCGAUUGGUGGUCCAUGGGCAUUAUUCUCUACGAAUUCCUCAUCGGUUGUGUGCCAUUUUUUGGCGAGACAACCGAAGAGCUAUUUGCGCACACCGUCAACGAUGACAUCGAGUGGCCGGACAGUGAGGAUUGGCCUGUGCAAACGGAGGCAAAGGACAUUAUUUCGCAGCUGUUGCAGCAGAAUCCCCGCGAUCGUUUGGGCACACAAACAGGAGCCCUGGAGAUGAAGGAGCAUGAGUACUUUUUGGGGAUGGACUGGAACUCGUUGUUGCGCCAGAAGGCGGAGUUUGUGCCGCAGUUGUCCCACGAGGAUGAUACCAGUUACUUUGAUACUCGCAUGGAUCGCUAUAAUCAUGAUCUUGGUGGUGAGGACACGGACGAUACGGAUGACACGCCUGUUUUUGGCAGCUUCAACUCGUACACGCCUCAAUAUAGAAAGCAGCAUUACAGCUGGUCACGACAUGCAACGGCCACGGAUGGAGGGAAGCCACCAGCCCUUACAUCUCUGCCUUCGCGGGCGCAGGAGAAUCCCUUACCCAAUCCGGGAGUCUCUUCAACUGGAGCCUUGCCCAAGCUGAAAACGGGCUUGGCUACAGGAAGGGGAAGCGGAAGCGGAAACGGCAGAGGUUCAGGCUCUGGUUCCAAUGAGGGAGUGGUCAACAAAUUCCUGAAUACUCCCCAAUUGCGUAAGCUGGAUCUCUCUUCUAGCUGCCUGAAAGUGCCCUCCACCCCGGAUGCCGACUACUUGCCCGAGCUCUUGCAUAAUGUCACCAUUGGCAAUGAUGCAGAGCUGCGCAUGCUGAAGCAUUAUUUGCAGCAGCCACCUCAGGGACCUACUCAGCGUCUCCAACAGCGUCAUAGCAUGCCCCCAAAUACCACCACGAUUAUAAGCACGCCAGCUACUCCGCCGCCUUUCCAAACGCAGGCAGCCAUGGUGGCCACUCCGCCGAUGCCGACGACAGCUAGCAGUUUCUCACGCAGCACACCGGAAAGCUCGCAAACGGACAGCGAUGACUUCUCACCGCAGAUCAACCGCAAGCGUAAGGGUGUCUGUGCCCGGGAUAUUUUGCCACGCUUCUCCAUCUCCAUUGAAGAUGAAACUAUAUCAGCGGGCAGCUCCUCCACGGAGAACAUGAACCUGCCGAGGGAGCAAUCUCCUUUGGCCCUGCAGCAUCAACCCAAGUCCAUGGACGGCACCAGUAGUGGCAGCAUGAAGCAUCAUCGCUCAAGGUCAAUAGUUAAAUCCGCCUCCGCUUUGGGUCUCUCGUUGAUGACAUCGCUGGACAACAGUCAAUUGGCCGCUCAACUGUGCGGCAUUCAAUCUCCUGGAGGCGGUGGCAAUGGCUCUAGCACGGCCAGCUCCAGGGAUACCUCACCUUGCCGGGAGCUCUCGCCCUUGGUGACCAAUCUAAAGCCACCGAUUAUCAUACGACGCGGACCUCGCGGCUUUGGCUUCACAGUGCACACCAUAAGGGUUUACUACGGUGACACAGAUUUCUAUACGAUGCACCAUUUGGUGAUGGCUGUGGAUGAGGGUAGUCCCGCCUUUGAGGCGGGCUUGCGGCCAGCGGAUCUCAUUACCCAUGUGAAUGGAGAGGCAGUGCAGGGACUAUUCCACACUCAAGUGCUGCAGUUGCUUCUGAGCGGUGGCGAGCAUGUAACCCUAAGGGCCACGCCCCUCGAGCACACCAGCAUCCAGAGCGGUGGACGUAAGCGGGAUCUCAUGCAGAGCAAGCUGGCCAAGAAGGGGCUGAAUCGGCAGAAGAAGCAAACCAAGCGAGAGCACGACAAGAAGCGUAAGACCUCGCUGUUUCGUAGGAUCAGCAGCAAGCGUGCCAAUGCAGAAAUGCAGCAGUUCUCGGCGGGCACAAGUUCACCCACCACUCCCUCGGCCCGGAAUCUGUCGCCGCUGGACUCUUCGUAUCACAGCAGCAGCUGCUGCCAGUCGGCAGGCAAUUCGGCAUCCUCGCAAUCCACCUCGCCCUCAUCCUCAUCGCCCAACACACCCACCGGUUCGAGUGGCUCUAAUGCAGGAUUAGCUUCAGCUCCCUCAACUCUCAUUGUGGCUGCCCCACCACCACCCACGCAGAUGGUUCUCCUGCCCCAUGUGGGAGCCGUCGUUGGAAGUAGUCCCACUUCAGUGGGCAAUGUGCCAGUGUCACCCACUGGCGUUGUUCCCCAGCUGUAUCAGCGUCCAUCGACCCUCCAUGGUCUCAAGCACAAGUUGCAUGCGGCCACUGCUGUGAUUUCCGGUGGCGGUGGCAAUGCUAGCAAUCCCGCCGGGGGGCUUAAGACCCUCCACACCACGAGUAACAAUUCGCUGCCCAAUCGCCGGAAGUCAGUGGGUCACAUACCGCUGUCGCCUUUGGCUCGAACACCUUCACCAUCGCCGCUGCCCUCGUCGCCUACAAGAUCUCCCUCGCCCCUGGCCUUUCCUUUAGUUGGGCACCAGCCGGGCGCCUCAAAUACCACACAGUCGUAUAGCCCGGGCAGUACCCUGCCCACGCUGCAGGCGGGAGGGGUGAGUGGGAACAGCAAGAAGGGUGGUUUCGCCAGGACCAAGUCGGCGGAGCCCAGUUCGCCGCUGCUGAGGCGAGCCUUGUCACCGGAUCGACUGCAUCCGCGCAGUGCGGAGACCAAGAUAUCGCCACUUUGCUGCUCGCCGCCCAUUAAACAGGCGACGCAUACACAGCGCGUGGUGGCUACCUCUUGGAGGUCAACGCCUGGCGCCAAUGGAGGAGGAGCAGCAGGCACAGCUCAAACGCAGCAGCAGCAGCAGCUGGUGACAGCGGCAGCUCCGCUGGAGGAAACUCAGAGGCAAAGUCAGGGAGAACCAGGAACCACAAGCGGAGCAGAGGUAACCCUGGCCAACUGUGAACCCUUGCCGCGCAUUGCCGAGGAAAAGGACUCGCCCACCAGCAGCACUCAGGAUAGCAGCAGUUGCCUGACCGAGGGUUUUAUGCCCGCCAUCGAGGAGUAUGCCGAGGGUGAGUCCACAUCAUCUUCGCCCACGCAAACCCUGGAGAAGCCCACAAAGGUAAAGGCCACCGAGCAGCCAGAGAUGGAGCCAGCUGGCAAGUCCAAGAAGAUAGAUCUAGGAAAAAUCUCAACCAAAGCCAAGCCCCCGAACAGCAGUGGCUGCAAGACUUCGAUGACAACGACAAAGCCCGCCAGUCCCAGCGUGACCAUUACCACGGGACCACGCAAGGACUCCACGGGUGCAACACCAGCAGCAGCAUCAGCAGCAGCCACUUCUGCUGCCAAGCAGAGGAAGUAGCGCCAGAGCAGCAGCGGAUGCUUGUGCUUCAAGUUCCGCGUUUAACUUUCAAUCUUCUUUGGAACACAAAAGAUUAAGGAGAAGCAAGGAGCAGACAGCCGCAGGAAUUCAAUAUAUAUAUAUAUUUAAUAUAACAAGGGAUUGCGUUUUAAACUCCUUUUUCGUCGAUGUAAGCUUGCUUUUACACAGCUCUAGCAAUGCAAAUUAAUUAGAGAAUUCUUGAAACCCAGUAGCUUGUAGCAUGUCAAAACUUAAACCUAAAACAUAAAGGAAAAUCGCUUGAAAAAAAAUACAAAUUCUUAGUGUAAAUUAUAGUAGGCACAAGAGAAAAACGAACACGAAAUUCCAGUUCCAAGAGGCACCCACGCAAUUAUGUACUGUAUAUAAAUGUGAAACAUUAAUAGAAUAUUAACGAAUUGUGGACUUCGGAUGAUGAACGGAGUCUGUCUAAGGGAGAAUGAUGAUGAGAAGGAGAGUCAUGUGGAGCUCGUGUCUCGUUUAUAACAUUUUUUGCGAAUCUAUACACUAUGCCGAGAAUGCAAUAUAAAAUUCUAUAUUAAAUAAAUGUGUUAUAUAUGUGUGUGUGUAUUAAAA